AUGGAGCCGAACGCAUCAGCCAACGCCAUGUGUCACAAAGCGACGAAGCGCAAGCAGAUUUCCCUUAAAGACAAGCUUGAUAUCAUCGAGCAAGUUGAGAAGGGAAAGAAGCAGGUGGACGUCGCCGUGGCCUACGGCUUGUCGAAGCAGACGGUUAGCACUAUCAUCAACGCCAAAGAGGUAGUCUUGGCGAAGAAAGUCUCAGGUGACUUGCAACCCAAGAGGUUCCGGCUCCGCGAAGCUUCAUAUCCUGACGUUGAAGAGGCCCUGCUGAUGUGGCUUCGUGACGCCCGUUCGCGAAAUAUACCCGUUAACGGACUGCUGCUACGAAAACGCGCGGAGCAACUUGCCGUUGUUCUUAACCAAGAACAGUUCCAGUGCAGCGAAGGCUGGCUGAGCAGAUUUAAAUCUAGGCAUGCCAUCGCGUUUAAGUGCCUUUCUGGAGAGUCUGCCAGCGUCGACGACACUGUUGUAGCCGACUGGAUAGCAGAUGUUCUACCUGCACACCUUGAAGGCUACGCACCGCGGGAUGUAUUCAAUGCCGAUGAAAGCGGCAUUUUUUAUAAGUUAAAACCAGGCAAGACUUUUUGUUUUGGCGAUGACACAUGCCACGGCGGCAAGAAAUCUAAGGAGCGCAUUAGCGUUCUCUUCUGCUGCAAUAUGGACGGGAGCGAGAAAGAAAAACUCCUGCAGAAGCGGGACUCAGUGAUCGACCUGAAUUUUGCCAUGCAGGUGCUGUCAACUGAAGACCAACCAGAUCCUGGUGUGUGGUCAGCUGUCGAGGAGGCCUUUGGGAGCCAGCAGUUUUCGGAUUACGUCACUGCAGAUGAUGACCUGGUCACUGCAGAUGAUGACCUGGUCAGCUCAGAGCAGCUGACAGAUGAAGAGAUUGUAGCCCAAAUUCGCCAAGUGCCUAAUGCUGAGCAAGAAGAAGAACAAAAUGAAGAAGGCAACUCAGGGAUUGUCACAGAGGAGGUCACAACUUCUCAGGCGUUGGACUACAUUCAAGGGCUCAAAAACUAUUUUGAACAACAGGCCACGACUUCAGAUGAAAUGAACACACUUGUCAUAAUGGAGACACGUAUAGUGUCUAAAGCUGUCCGCCACACAGUACAGGCAAAGCUGACUAGCUUCUUUCAAAACAUUUAA